AAAGAAUAUAAAAGAUGGCCUUCCCCGAACAUUGACAAUGGGGCUAGCCGAAUGCAAGGUAGACAGGCAUUCGCCAUGCAUCUGACGUCUCUGCUCAAUUCCCUCCUCCUCGCCGCAGCGGGAGCCUCGGCCAAGCCCGCGGCGUGCCGUUGUCGUCCUACCGACUCGUGCUGGCCCAAGGUCCCGGAAUGGCAAGCCCUCAAUUCCUCCAUCAGCGGCAACCUCAUCGCCGUCCGUCCGAUUGGACUUCCUUGCCACGACCCAACCUUUGACUCCGCCGCCUGCCAAGCCGUCAACAGCCAAACGACCAAUUCCACCUGGCGCGGCACCGAGCCGGGCGCCGUGCAACAGCCGAACUGGGAGGCAUGGCCCGUCACCAACGAGAGCUGCUACGUAGAUUCAACCCGAUCGCUGGCCUGUGGCCAAGGACGCGUGCCUCUCUUCUCUGCCGAGGUUGAGAGCGCGCAGCACAUGCAGAAGGCCGUCAAGUUCGCCAAGAAGCACAACCUCAGACUGGCGAUCAAGAACACGGGGCAUUGCUACCUGGGCCGGUCCUCUGCUCCGUAUUCUCUUCGCAUUGCCACGCACAAGAUGAAAAGCCUAGACUUUGUUGACGACUUUGUGCCGACAGGGUGUGGGAAGUCCAAGCGGGCGGUCAAAUCUCUCGGCCCUGCCGUCACCAUUGGCGCCGGAGUCUACCUCAUGGACUUGUACAAGGCCGUUGCGGAGCGAAACAUCACUGUUGUGGCCGGACUUGCGCAUACAGUUGGCCCGGCUGGCGGGUAUAUCCAGGGAGGAGGGCAUUCACCUCUGGGAGCCUGGAAAGGUAUGGCCUCGGACAAUGCGCUCGAGUUCAAGGUAGUCAACUCAAACGGCGACCUUGUAGUUGCGAACGACUACCAGAACCAGGAACUGUUCUGGGCACUCAGGGGCGGUGGCGGAGGUACGUUCGGAGUCGUCGUCAGUGUCACUGUCCGCACCUUCCCCGAAGUGCCGGCGUACGUCGCGAGCCUGGCCAUAAGCACGAACAACACCGACGGCUUCUGGGCAGCUAGUCGCGACUUCCACGCGAACCUGCCCAAGAUCAACGAUGCCGGCGGUUCCGGGUACUACUACCUGACUCCGCAAGCCGAGGCGGCGAACGCAUCCACAUUGGUGGUUGCUCUGAUAUUCGCCAACCAGUCGGAUGAAGCGACCCUGCGCACUCUCCUGACACCAAUGGUUACGGCCAUCAUAAGCCACGUCGGAAACGACUCCGUCACCUUUGACCUCAUUUUCGCCCCACAGACAAAGUACUUUUUCCAAGAAAGCCUGGCGGGAGACGCGGACACCACGGGCCAAAUUGCCAUCCUCGGUUCCCGCCUCGUCUCCCACACCUUCCUCUCCACAACCACCGGCCCCGCCCACCUGACCCAAGCCCUCCAGGCCGUAAAUGCCGCGAAUCCCGGCGGCACCGUGAUCGGGCACAUUGUCGCCGGCGGCCAAGUCGCCCGCAACAAUAAGAUCGACUCGGCGCUGAACCCGGCGUGGCGGAAGACGGUGGUCCACCUCGUCGUGUCAUCUGGGUGGAGUCCAGACGCGACUCUGGCGGAGCAGAAGGCCGCCCGCAAUCGAGUAACCCAUGUACAGGUGCCGAUCCUGAAAGCGCUGGAGCCGGAUAUGGGGGCGUACCUGAACGAGGCGGAUGCGGGUGAGGAAGGCUGGCAGGCUUCGUUUUGGGGGUCGAAUUAUGAGAAGUUGUACACGCUGAAGCAGAAGUUGGAUCCUACUGGGCUGUUUAUUACGACGAGAGGGGUGGGUAGCGAGGACUGGGAUGAGGAUGGCCUGUGUCGAGUACGUUAGAGGUGGUGGAGAGGUGAGGUAUAAUGUAAC